GCGGCUCCUUCUUUGGCCAUGAGCGAGGUGCCGGCAUUCGGCCGCCGCCGCCGCCUGCGGGACGCGGGGAGGGAGCGGCCGCAGCGAGGUUCCGCCGGCGGCAGCGGCGGGUGGGAUGGCCCAGGCCAGGAUCAGCGCCAAGGCCAGCGAGGGGGCGCAGCAGCAGCCGCAGCAGCAGCAGCAGUCGGGCGGGCAGCUCCGGGGCCGCUUCUACCGCUCCACCUCCAUGGCCGACCGCUCCAGCCGCCUGCUCGAGAACCUGGACCAGCUGGAGCUCAGGGUAGAGGCUUUCCGUGAUGCAGCAUCUGCUAUGGAGCAAGAGAAAGAAAUUCUGCUCGAAAUGAUCCACAAUAUACAGAACAGCCAGGACAUGAGGCACAUCAGUGAAGGUGAGAGAGAAGAACUUAAUUUGACUGCUAAUCGCCUGAUGGGCCGAACCCUGACUGUGGAGGUUUCUGUGGAAACCAUCCGCAAUGCGCAGCAGCAGGAAUCCCUCCUGCACGCCACCAAGAUGAUCGACGAGAUCGUCAAUAAGCUCCUGGAUGAUUUGGAAGAUGCCAAAAUGCGCCUAAUGUCGCUCUACGGCGCGUGCACGUCUGACGUGCCAGCGGGACCCAUCGAUCAGAAAUUUCAGUCUGUGGUCAUCGGCUGCGCCAUUGAGGAUCAGAAGAAAAUCAAAAGGCGCCUAGAGACUCUGCUCAGAAACUUGGAAAAUUCUGAAAAAUCCAUCACAUUGUUGGAGCAUCAGAAAUCAUCUGUUCGGCAGUCCUGCAACAGCAAACAGGAUUAACGGAUCCUCCUGGCAAACCACGGGGUGAGCAAGUGCCCAGAAAAAACACACAGACGCCAAGAAAAGAAUUCUCUGUACGAGCACACACGUAUGUACACAUCCACACGCACCAAAGUAUCUUUGAUUGUGAGGUGCAAGCAUUUAAUGGGUUUUGGUAGCAUUGGCAUUUUCUUUUGGCAAUAAGGAAUGCAAUCAGUUCUUCUGUAGAGUCGAUACUGCUCUAUUGCAAAUUGUAAUUGUGCUUCUGCUGAACUGACAGAAACUGACAAUCUAGCCUUUCCUCCAUUCUCCUGGGUAUUUUUAAACUAAAGUUGUUUUGUCCUAUCAUGAGAUUUCAGCUUUUCUCUGCUGUAUACGUAGUGUGUGAACCAGACUUUUGGGGACAAAAGACAAAUCAUGGCAAUAAAUCAAAACAAUUAAUAAACGGUUUAUGGUAUUUUCAUAAACAACAUAGUGUCCUACUCAUUACCAUUUAUAAUUUUGCACUUUUUGACUAUUUUGAAUAAACCGAUCACAGUACUUUCCUAGAGACAGCUACCUCCAGUUUGUAACUGAGGAAGUGAAAAGCAACACCUGUAUCCCCAGGGAUCCUUAGCCAGGCUAGAAAUGACCUGAUUCUCAAAAUCCCCCCUCCGUGCCAUAAACCAUUGUGCUCCCACAAGCUCAUUAUAGCUUUGAGCUUGCUGUAUGUUUCUUUUUAAAAGAUAACAGGGGAAUUGUUAAUCAGCUGCUACUACAGUUUUGCAUCAUCCAUGAAGCCACAGAGCAAAACAUUUUAACUUCGCACCUGGCAAACACUGCAUUUGUGUCUUGUGUAGGAUGGUACUUGGAACAUCAGCAUUACUUGCUUCUUUGUGUGAGUGGUUUUUGGUUUGUUUUUUAUCUUCUGCACCUCACCACUGAAUUCUGUGGCUGUGCGUCAAAAGCUGCAGGUUUUAGGGUGUGCCUGGAAUUUUGUAACGCCCUGUAGCCUGGCCAGUCUUGCAGUACUUCACCCAAGGGUGGUGGUGCCCUGAGGGGAGCAGGGGGGCUGUAGCUCAGCCACAGCAUGCUGAAUUUGGCUCAGGCUAAAACUCAGCUCAAGGGAGCCCAGAGGUGUGAGUGAUGCCACCAACCACAGCUGCCUUGGUGGCAGUGCCUGGGAUGUUACAGUUGGAGUGUCACCCCUGGGUGCGCUGAGGGCACCAGCCCACCGUGAGACCUGCACAUCAGGCUCCUGCACAAGCAACAGUCAGGAGCCCCAUGGCUUUAAACGCCUUGGAUGGGCUCAGGUGCUCCACAGGAAAACUCAGCCUCAGCUGCUAUGAGGUCACUGUCACUGCCUUUAAUUUGCAGAAACAGCACUUCAGGUGGGUGCAGUCCAAGUUUCAGCUUUGAGAUUGUGAGUUUUUAAGAGGUGGUGACAUUAAUUCUGUAAUUCCACUUUAAAAAGUCUUCCAGCUAUUCAACAGUAUUAAAACCCUUUACACUAAUACAGAGCCUGGAUUGUUUUCAGAACUCAGACUGUGCUACAUUUAAGUUGAACACAACUCCUUGUUGCUUAGAAUAUUCCUUCAAUAUUUGGGGUUUUAAGGCCAUUAUAAGGUUAUUCAGGCAAAUAGGGUUUUCUGUUUUCUUUCUUAGAUCCUCUUUAUUGUACUGAUACCUAAAAGAAUUUGUAUUUCAUAUAGCACUUGUGCUAUCACAGAAUUGCAGAAUAGGUGGGUGAGAAGGGACUUAUGAAGGUCAUCUAACCCAAUGCCUCUGUAAUGAACCUAAAACACUGCCAAUUAAUCCUUUUCAGGGUGUCAAGCAAACACAUUGAUUUUCUGUGUUCAAAACUGCAUGCAAGAGGAAGCAGGAGUGUGUUACAUCCAAUACUCUUCAGAUGCCUGGGUAAAGAGGCAGACACAGAUGCUGAUUUGUGUUUUACUAAAAAAAGAAAAAAUACCAAAACAAUGCAAAACCCCCAACCAACAAUCACUACUGACUAUUUACCUGUUUAUUUUCAGAAAAUGUACCAGGCAUCUUUGAUAUAUUCAUAAUACUUUAAUGCCACUUCCAAUGUCUGCAGUCUUUGAUUUAAACUUUGUCACUGUAGUGGCCAGACCAAUCAUGAAAAGCAAAAUGACCAGAAAAAGCAGAAAAAAAAUCCCUAUUUUGUAUUUCAACCACAUGGUAAAGAAAUCAGAGGCAAGAGCUAAGAAACACCAUUUCUAUUUGACUGGCGUGUCUACACGUGUUCCUUUAAGUGCUCUCAAGUGCUGCCUUGGAUCACACCUGCUGGCAAUACACACAAGAAUCAAGCACAUUUCUCAGUCAGAAUGAGGUUGCACAGCUUGUAGUUACAGCAAUUUUUGAAAUUUAAUAUACUGACAUUUAAUAUAACCACAAAAGUAGUGACUUAUAUCAGAUCCAACAAUAAGCAAACAAACGUUUUAAGUUGCAUGAUGCAACUAAUGUCACUUACAAGAGAACAGCAGAAUUAAUUUGUAGGGCUUUCACAGAACAGCAUACACAAGAUACUCAGUUUUAAACACUGAUUCUGCUGCUUGAGGAUUUAUGGUAUAGUGACUUUUUUUUCUACAAAUCUGUUACAUUUACUUGAGAUAAUGAUGGUGAUAAAACGAGUUACGUACAUCUCCUCUUUUAGCCAGUUACAUUUAAGCCAUUAGUAACAAUGCAUCUUAAUCCUCACAAUGAGAGUGAUGUUUCUCCUGGUCCACAGUAAUUUGUAGUUUUUCUUAUCAAUUUUAGCAAGUUUGGCAGAACUGACAAACUAUUUAUCAGUAUUACCCUUCUAGAAACCUGAGAAUGAGCCUAGUUCAGUACUAGGACUCACCUGGCUUUGACAUGACUUCUAUAGAACACUGUGACAUGGAACAUUAGCAGGUUUCUCUUAUUCCAUUAUAGCACCUUUCAUCUUACAUCUAAGCUGUGUUCUUCAUUCUAUAAUUUUGGUUAUCUGCUUGGAUGCCAUAUUUAGCAGAGAAUUGUUUUCUUCUCUCAAUACUAUUUGUUCAUUAGAAAGAUCUGCACAACUUUUGCUUCCUACAAAAAGAUGGCAAGGUCGUUUGGAUGAACUCAAGCCUGCUGGACCCCCCCUGCACUCUUGUUUUGGUACCAUUAGUGUUCAGGUAGUGCAGCUUCACGCGAGGGUCUAUGAGCACAGUUACAAAAGCAGCAGGGCUCAGGCAGUGUCACUGGAUGGGAGCAGCCUGUGUGCUGGCACGCUGCAUGAUGCACUCCCACAGGGGAGAAGGGCAGCUCACUGCCCCUGCUAACACCCGCAGCUCUCAGCCUGAAGGGUGCGUGCACAGCUCCAAGUGCAGCCUGAGCCCUGCACGCACCCCACACAACCCCCAGAGCUCAAUGCUCUUUAGAUUAUCCCACCUCACACAAAUGAGGAAGGAAAACUUCAUGGCAGAUGUGCUGCAGCCCAAUAAUGAAGCAUGAAAAUGAAACUGGAAAUCAGACUGAGUGUGGUCAUUCAGGCAUUUUGACUACAAAAGUGUUGCCUUAAGAAACACUGACAAUAAGAAAGCGUCAAAAUUGUCUUGAGUGGAAUAUUUGAAAUUUUUUUUAAUUAACCACACACACACAAGCACAAAAAUUAGUGUGAUCAGUCAUACAACUUUGAGAUUUGCUAUUUCCAGCUGGAAAUACAUCCCUAGCAUUACUGCUUUGCAUCUAAUGAUGCCCCACGUACUGGGAGAACACCCAUUCACUGAAUGGAUACAACACAGAAGUGACAAAGCUCUAGUGUCAGACUCUUUAGUGAAUCCCUACUUCACUAAGGCAUUAACAAUCACUAAAGUUUCCUGCUAGUGGUAGCUUCAUCGACCAAGGGCAAAGAAUUGUGGCAAGAUCCAGAUAAUACAGCCAAUGAGCUAUUCAAGAUAUAGAAAAAGCAUAUACAGGAGUGCAAUGAAUUUUGUGUCUUGUGGCAUGAGCAUCUCUUGCUCUCAACCCAGGGUACCACGGGCGUAACGGAGUUACAGCCUCACCCACCAGGGUGCAGCCCAGGGAUGCAAAGAGCAGAGCAGUUUUAUUACCAGCCCUGCACCUGUCGAUACUGCUGACUAAAACAUAUGGUAUUUAAUGAGUGCACUUUGAGUCGAGAACAAAGUAAUGUUUGUAAUAAAAAUUAUUCAUGAGGGACAACACAAGUGCUAAAACAUUUAGGUAUGUCUCUUCUUCCAAAAGGCAGAAGUUACUGCCACUGAAGAGUGAAGUGAAUACCUAAGGGUUCCUACAAUAUGCCAGUCAUCUGGUUUACAUCUACACACUAGCCCCAGUAGAACAAAAAAUCAAAAUUUUCAAACAGCGUACAUGCAGGGCACUUCCCGGAAAGAUGUUAAUUUGGGCAGUUUCCAUCUCAGUCAUACUGGAGAAAAGAACUGCAAGGUCUCAAAGAAAAAUCUACUUUAGAUUCAGCAUGGAACUAAAAUGAAAACUCACGGUUACCCAAUGCUGCAAAUAACUAUUCCUACAUUAAUGUAUAUGCACUACAUUUCAACAUAUCUUAAAUUUAUCAAGUCUGUCAAGUUUCCACCUAUGAAAAUUUCUGCUGAGUCAUUAAAAACAGUAGUUUAUAGUGACAUACUUUAAACACAAACGGCCUGUAUUAAUUGUACAGUGUGUUACAGUAUAACAUAAAAUAGUACAAAUUGUCAUACAUAAGAAGGAGUUACUUUUCAGUAUGCUGUACAAAGUCAAACAAGGCAAAAAAGAUGUUUCAGACACUUUGUGGUUUUGUUUGUUUUUCAUGAAAAAUGAAUAGAACCCCAUGAAACUUGCAGACAGACAAUGAAAUGUAGAAGUUUCCAUAUUAAAAACAAUUGUCAAAACUCUUCAUGCAUGUCAAAACUCUACCCUAAGUUGUGAGGCGGCCUCAUGAUGUUCAGUCAUCUUAUCCCAAGUAUCUUCUUAAAGUGCAAAGACAGAUAGGACUUGACUCCAUUUAUACAUGCACGAUUAAACGCACUUGUUAACAAGCAGAGGCCUUUAUCCAAGAGAAAAUACAGGAAACAUUACGGUGAAUAACACAUGGCUCUGCUGCAAUAGCAAAAGGGAUGGAAGGCCCUCCUUCUUGCCAGCAACAGAUCUCUAACAGCUCGUCCAAGAAACUACGGUACUCGGUAGAAAGUCUAAUGCAGUAAACAUAAAAUACAGAGUUCAGAGAUCUUUAGUGUUUGUGCAUAACUUGCCACUCACUUCUCUCCCUGCAGACUGUGGGAAUGAGGAUACAUUUCAGUUUUCAUACUCAUUGACUUAGAAACAAAGUCAGUCAAGCUUCCUACAUGAAUUCACAUAGUGAAAAGUCCUUCCUUCAAAAAUAUAUAGGAUCACUCAACCAUUUUCAUUCUCAUACACCAUCCAUAAAACUAUUAAAACUCUGAUUUUUUUAAGCAGCAUAUUUUGCAUUUGUCACUGUCAGACUUGUAGAAACCUUAGAAAGUUAAAAUUAUAUCAUAC